AUGGUUUCGGGCUUUCCCGUCACCCAGGCCCAGAUCAGGGUCUGGAAGGCCACCGGCAUCGCCAGCCUGGGCGCCGGGCCGGGGGCCCCGACCCUGGAUGGGUGGCCGCCCGCAUUGCUGGAGGCCGCCCCCGGCCUGCGGGUGCUGAGCUGUCACGGUGCGCUGUCCCCGCUGGCCAACCCCUUCUCCGCCCCGCUGGCGCCCUUCUGCGCCCUGCAGCGGCUGAGCCUGACAGGGUGCGGGCUGCCGAGCGCCGCCCUCGACUGGCGCGCGCUGGGCGCGCUGCGGGCCCUCGCCAAGCUGUCGCUGCGAGGCAACGCGCUGCGCGCGCUGCCGUGCGCCGUCGGCGACCUGCUCGCACUGCGGGAGUUGGACGUAGCCUGCAACCUGCUUGAGUCCCUGCCCGGAGCAGCCAUGGCGGGCUGGACCACGCUGACCCUGCUGGAUGUCUCGCACAACCAGCUGCGCUGCCUGCCGGGAGAGGUGGGGGCCUGCGCGUCCCUGGAAACCCUGCUGGCGGGAAACAACAGGCUGGCGGUGAUUCCCGCCCAGGUCUCUGCGCUGCAGCUCCUCAAGACCCUGAACCUGGAUUGCAACAGAAUACAGGCCGUCCCGCCCGCCGUGCUCCGGGACUGUGGCGCGCUGCGCACGCUGAGCCUGCACGACAACCCCAUCACCGUGGAGGAGCUGCGCAAUACGGAGGGCUGGGCGGCGCACGACGCGCGGCGCCGCCAGAAGCACGACAAGCAGCUGGGGAGCGAAGUUCUGGGCCCAGGCAUGGAUGAGGGGGCCGACGCCCACCCCGUGCAGAACUGGAAAUGA